ACGUGGUGGAGCGCAGCCGUGGAACCGGUUCCUGGUUGUGAAGUCAAUAAGGAAAUAGGGAGCGGGCAGGUAGAUCGGAGAGCGCCGAGCGGCCGCAGACAUGGCCUCCCUGUUCAAGAAGAAGACCGUGGACGAUAUAAUAAAGGAGCAGAACAAGGAGCUAAGAGGCACGCAGAGGGCCAUAACCCGAGAUCGAGCCGCCUUGGAGAAACAGGAGAAACAGCUGGAGAUGGAAAUAAAAAAGAUGGCCAAGACGGGCAACAAAGACGCGUGCCGAAUUCUAGCAAAGCAACUGGUGCAGCUCCGCAAGCAGAAGACUCGCACUUACGCUGUGAGUUCCAAGGUCACGUCCAUGUCAACGCAGACGAAGGUUAUGAGUUCCCAGAUGAAGAUGGCCGGAGCAAUGUCUACAACAGCAAAGACAAUGCAAGCCGUAAACAAAAAAAUGGAUCCUCAAAAGACUCUCCAAACAAUGCAGAAUUUCCAAAAAGAAAACAUGAAGAUGGAAAUGACAGAAGAGAUGAUAAACGAUACACUGGACGAUAUAUUUGAUGCAUCUGAAGAUGAAGAAGAAAGCCAAGACAUUGUGAAUCAAGUAUUAGAUGAAAUUGGCAUUGAAAUUUCUGGAAAGAUGUCCAAAGCACCGUCAGCAGCCAAAGGAUUGCCCUCUGCCUCUACUUCUAAAUCUACUAUUUCGGAUGAGGAAAUAGAGCGCCAACUAAAAGCCCUGGGAGUAGAUUAAUCUUUACACACUAAGCCUCUUUUUCUAAGGGAUUCUGCAAGAACAUUUUUUGUUUUCCUUUGUUAAGGCUGCAAAGAGCCUGUUUUUAAGAUGAGUGAUCUCUUUUCAAUGCAGAUUGAUGGAACCAUAUCAGAUUUUGCUGAACCGUGGACAAUUUUCGGUGACAUGUACAAUAACAAUUGUAUAUAAUUCAGUAAAUCAUAGCUUGUGUAUAAAUACCCUGAUAUUUUCCUCUCAAUAUGAAAGCUGGCAGUUCACCAAGUACGAUUGUGUAACGUAUCCCUGCUGAUCUUGGUGGGUGCCUACAGUUUCAUUUUGAGAUACAUUUGACAAAAACUC